CGCGCGGGCUGUUUUCUGUGCCAUGGAGACAGGCGCGGCCAUUGUGCCCGAUAUGGGGAAGUAUAGACUCCUAUUGUGUGGGAAGCCGACCCCGUGACCGGCGAACUUGGCGCUGGGCAUCCAUUCAUUCGCGCCGAUCGCGGUGCUUAGCACCGAGACCUUGUUCUCCGCGACGAGCAGGAGGGUAUGGCCGCCGUUGCCAGCAGUGCCCGACGCCUGGGGGCGCCUGGUCGACGCGGGCGUACGCGUCGAGGCCCUUGGGAAUGCGUUUGCAAUCGAUUGGUUAUUUGCGCCGACGCGGCUCAACUCGGUGCCCGCGAAGGCAUUCGGCGCGAUGGCAGUAUAUAACACCCAGUCCUGCCGACUGCGUUAUCUACCAGCACCGUCUGCUUACCCCACAUCUACCACCCCUGCUUUUGUGCGACAGCCACAGGCAUGUCCGCCGCCGACCAUAACAGCCUCGAGAAGAGCGGUUUCCCCGCGCCUACGCCGUCUGCGAGGAGCGAGGAAGAGCUCGUCGCGCAACAGGCUUCUGACAAGGCGCUUGUGCGUAAAAUUGACCGCCGGCUUGUUCCCAUUCUGUCCGCGCUCUACCUUGUAAACUUUUUGUGUCGCUCGAACAUCGGCAAUGCGAAGACCUUUGGCCUCCUCACCGACCUUCACGUCUCUAACGAACUCUACCCCCACGCUCUGGCUGCCUUCUACUACCCAUACGUCGCCUCCCAGAUACCCAGUAACACUGUACUAAAACGAUGGAGACCCAAAUGCUGGCUGCCGCUCAUCUGUUUCUGCUGGGGGAUCUGUCAAAUAUUCAUGUGCUUCGUGAAGACCUACAACGAGCUAUGGGGUGCGCGUGUCGUCUUGGGCGCUCUUGAGGGCGGCUUGUUCCCCGGUGUAUCUCUCUACAUCACGCUUUGGUACCCCAAGCGCGAGUGCGGCUUCCGCGGCGCUGUCUUCUUCUCCGCCGCAACCGUCGCUGGUGCUUUCUCCGGUCUUCUUGCGCGAUUGUUCUCACUCAUGGACGGUCUUGGUGGCAUGGCUGGCUGGCAAUGGAUUUGGAUCAUGGAGGGCAUCAUCGCCGUCCUUGUUGCCGUCCUUGCAUUCUUCAUCCUCGAGGACUACCCCGAUACUGCCAAAUUCCUGACCGCCGACGAGCGCGCGCGUGUCGUCCAACGCUUAGCCGAAGACAAUGAGGGCCUCUCGUCUGAGUGGAAGAGCCACUUUGCCUGGUCUGCCCCGAAGGACAUCAAGAUUUGGUUGCAAGCAAUCGUCUUCUUCUGCGUCCUGACACCCACAUACGGACUGUCCUUGUUUAUGCCCACCAUUAUCGCAAACAUGGGCUACACCUCCGGCAUUGCCAACCUAUUGACCGUCCCGCCAUUCGUCUUUGGCUGCAUCAUCUGCUGUCUUGGCGGCUGGUACUCCGACCGCUUCAACACACGUUUUGCACCCCUCGUCGCCUUCUUCUCCACUGCCAUCGUCGGCUUCAUUUUCCUCAUCACCUCCAACGAAGUCGCCGCGCAGUAUAUUGGUACCUUCCUCGCCGCCGCCGGUAUCUACUCCACUGUGCCCAUCUCGUCGAUGUGGGCAGGCAACAACAUGGGUGGCAAGACGAAGCGGACUGUUGGCAUUGGCAUGACCAUCUGCUUCGGCAACAUGGGCGGUGUGGUGUGCUCGUACCUAUUCCCCGCGGCUGACUCGCCAAGGUUCUUCAUGGGUUACGGUGUCAUGAUCGGCCUCUGCUGUGUCGGAAUCAUCUGCUGCGCGAUCUUGCGGCUAUACAUGGAAAAGCAGAACUCGCUGCGAGACGCCGAGGACGCGAGACUAGGGCGUGUUUGGGACGCGAAGACCAUGACCGAGUACAAGGACAUGGGUGACCACGCGCCGUUCUUCAGGUAUAAACUAUAGCAUGUUACAUGGGACAUGGUAGCAUAAUUUGUAUAAUAGGGUCGCCUACUUACUUAACGAUAAUUCACGCACUCCAGUCAGAC